AUGUCGCAAGAAUACAAGCUCAAGGGUCUCUCGUCCCUGUCUCUUUCUCCCGGCUCUAAGCAGGAGGUCGAGGUUGAGGGUAUCGAGGGCGGCAAGGUUCUCCUCGUCAACACUGGAGGCACAACACAGGCUUUGGGAGCCAAGUGUACUCACUAUGGUGCGCCUAUGGCAAAGGGUGUAUUGACCAGCGAUGGCCGCAUCACAUGUCCCUGGCACGGAGCCUGUUUCAAUGCAAAGACCGGCGAUAUCGAAGAUGCCCCCGCCCUCGACCAUCUCCCCGUAUUCAAGGUCGCCGAACGAGACGGUGCCGUUUACGUCACUGGUGAAGAGAGCGCCAUCAAGUCUUCCAAGAGACAACCCAACGUCAAGUGUGCCGGAUCCAGCAGCGCACAGGAUGAGCAUGUCGUCGUUGUAGGUGGUGGCUCAGGUACAUUGGGUGUUGUCGAGAGUCUUCGCGAGAAGGGCUGGAAGGGAGGCAUCACCAUCGUCUCCAACGAAGGAAACUACCCAAUCGACCGAACGAAGCUGAGCAAGGCUCUUUUGACCGACCUUGACAAGUUGACCUGGCGAAACAAGGACUUCUACGAAAGCGGCUCCAUCAAGUUCGUUGAUGGUCACGUCAACAACGUCGACUUUUCUGGUCGCUUUGUUACAACCGAAGGGGGAGAGAAGAUCUCUUACACGAAAUUGGUCCUCGCGACGGGUGGUACACCCAGGCGACUGCCCCUUGAUGGAUUCAAGAACCUUGACAACAUUUUCACUCUCCGCACUGUCAAUGACACAAGAAAGAUUGUCGAUCAGAUUGGCAACAAGGGCAAGAAGAUCGUGGUUGUCGGAUCCUCCUUCAUCGGAAUGGAGUGUGCAGUUGCUACAGCCAGCGACAAUGACGUGACUGUCGUCGGCAUGGAGAAUGUCCCGCUUGAAAGAGUUCUUGGUGAAAAGGUCGGCGCAGGUCUUCAAAAGGCGCUCGAGGGCAAGGGCGUCAAGUUUUACAUGGGCGCGAGUGUCGACAAGGCCGAGCCAUCUUCAUCCGACUCAUCCAAGGUUGGUGCCGUGUGCCUCAAGGAUGGCACAAGACUGGAAGCGGACUUGGUUGUUCUCGGUGUGGGUGUUGCCCCCGCGACUCAGUAUCUCCAGAACAACAGCAGCAUUACACUUGAGAAGGACGGAUCUGUCAAGGUCAAUGACGACUACUCGGUUGCUGGCCUAAAGGAUGUUUACGCUAUUGGCGAUAUUGCUACGUUCCCCUACCACGGACCUGGAGGUGAAGGCAAGCCAGUUCGCAUUGAGCAUUGGAACGUUGCUCAAAAGGCGGGUCGCAUCGCUGCCAACCACAUCGCCAACCCCGGUGGAAAGACGGAGCAUUUCAUUCCUAUUUUCUGGUCAGCAUUGGGCGCACAGCUCCGAUACUGUGGCAACACGAUGGCAUCUGGGUGGGACGACCUGGUGCUUGAUGGCAGCCCAGCCGAGAACCAGUUCGUGGCAUAUUAUUGCAAGGGCGAAACAGUUGUUGCCAUGGCUAGCAUGGGCAGGGAUCCUGCUAUGGCGCAGAGUGCCGAGUUGAUGCGGGUGAACAAGAUGCCCACCAAGACGGAGCUCCAAGAGGGGAUCAGCGUGAUCUGA